UAUACAUAACGAUAUAAUUCUUAAACUUCCUCCCACGAGCAAAAAAUCCAACCUGAUAAAAGCUGUAGUUCAAUACUCUGAUUUUCAGUGGAAAUCAAGAACUCACUCCAAAAUGAACUCUCUUACUUUCGGAUUACUACUAGCCUGCACAGCAGUCCUCGCAGAUCCCUCCCCCAACCCCCGAUCACAGCCGGGUCCUAGAGCACUUCCGGGACCCUAUCCACGUUCUGCGGCUGCACCCUACCCAUCGCAACACAGCCCCGUAGGUGGACCGUCCCCUAAAGCCAAGCCACAUCUUCCUCAGUCUGGACCUAGCGCUGGUCCUGAUGCCGAUCCUUACCGUCUGUAUAGAGGCUCUCUAAACGGAUGCGGAUACGGAUGUGGAUGUGGAUGCGGAUACGGAUUACCUGGAUCAAUAAUCGCAGGAAGCCCUGGACUUGGACUCGGUUUAUUUGAUUACGGUGUAGACGGUGUAGUGCUUGUGUGAUAGUUUUUAUAGUAUUUUAGUAUAUUCUAACUUACUCAUUAUAAAAAAGAAACAAAACACGUUGUACUUUAAACAUA